AUGUCAUAUAGUCAAUUACCAACCGAACCUCCCGCAUAUCCACCCACAGGAACACCUACCACUGAAGAAGGCAGUCAACCCCGACAAUACGGAGACAACAUCCCCGAUGAUUUCAAAUAUUCCGUCGAUGUUGCUUCAUGUGAAUUACCAAUUCGUCAAUUAUUCAUCCGAAAAGUAUAUCUGUUAUUAACCAUCCAAUUAAUGGCCACCGUUAUCGUUGGAUUCAUUAUUCGAUCAUCUGAUUCUAUUAAAUUAUGGGCAUUACUGAAUGUUUGGUUAUUGUUUGUGUCAAUGUUGGGAGCGAUUGGAUGUAUGAUUGGGGCAUUUAUUAAAGCUAGAUCAUAUCCUACGAAUUUGAUAUUAUUAGGGGGGUUUACUAUAUUUGAAGCAUAUGGAAUUGGGGUUAGUUGUGCGUUCGUAGAAGGAGAAAUUGUGGUUCAAGCUUUGUUAUUAACAUUGGUUAUAUUUAUUGGAUUGACGAUAUUUGCCUUUCAAACAAAAUAUGAUUUUAUUAGUUGGCAAGGUGCUUGUGGUAUGAUGCUUUGGGGAUUAAUUGCUUGGGGAUUAAUUAUGAUGUUUUUCCCAGGGAGAUCUACUAUGAUGGAGAAUGUUUAUUGUUUAAUUGGUGCUGCUGUCUUUUGUGUAUAUAUUGUGAUUGAUACUCAAAAGAUUAUGAAGACUGCACAUUUAGACGAUGAGGUCAUUAGUACAAUUCAAUUAUAUUUGGAUAUUAUUAAUUUAUUUUUAUUUAUUUUACGUUUAUUGAAUAACAAUAAUAAUGAUUAG